GAUACCAUACAUACAUAUAGCAUACUUAACUGAUGGCACUAGCAGCCGUGUUCACAAUGUCGUGCAACGUGCGCGUCCGAACAUUUCCAACGAAGCGAAAGAUGACGACGUCGCCUGAUUCGGAUUCUCACAAACUCUCAUUGAAGAUUAUCGAGGCGGUGAGGGAGCACCCGGUGCUGUAUAGGCCGUCGGAGGUUAGGAGCUCCACGGUGAAGCUCCAGGAGCUGCGUCAAAAGGUCUGGAACAAGAUCGCUGACGAUCUCGGCGUCGACGCGAAUUGGAUGAGACUGCGUUGGAAGAACUUGCGAGACACAUACUCCCGUAUAUUAAAAAACUUACAAAGAGCAGACAGGGGCGAGCGUAGAAAGAAAUGGAUAUUCGAGGAUGAUCUCAGCUUCCUUAAAUUUCAGUAUGAGCCGGGCGAUCGACAUCAGAUAAUUCAGGUCUCUCAGGAUUACAUCGAAACCAUCAAUUCGAGUGGGAACACCACUAAACGCCUGUUGAAACAAUUAGAAGACAAGAACGACGAAAAUUACACGGAAUACUUAGACGUCGUCGAUCCUUCUCCGUUGAAAAGUUUGAAUGUAAACUUCGUCAACCCGAGUUCCUCGUAUUCCCAGGUUAGCAGUUGGUCUCUCUGCGAGAAGGAUAAAUCGAAUAAGAUCGAGGAUACUACAGAGAUCAUGGUGAACAUUCUACCUGAAGAAAUGCAGCCGAGCGAAACGACUAAAUUUCAUGAGAAUUAUAAUUGUGAACGCGAUAGGCGACAGUUGGACGGUGAGACGAUGGAGCUUCCGACCGGCUACUACGUUAGGAGCUACCAGAAUACGGAGAGCAAACCUUUCGCCGAGGAUAACAAGAGUUUACAAUUGUUCUUCGACGGUAUGAAAGAGACGGUUAAACGAUUGCCGGCGACGGUGCAAGCCGACGUUAAAAUGAAGAUAUUCCAAAUAGUAAACGAGGCUGAGAUAAAAUAUUCGAACGGCUCUAUUAGGAACUCGAGCGAGAAGUACAUUCACCCACCGCCUGGAGGUAUACCGAAUCUCGUGCUAAUACCUUGCAACAGGAUAGACGAACAGAAGAACUGAUAUAUUGAGUUUCAUUCAGUUUAGAAAAGUUCUGUUCUUAUUUUCGUCGUUGACAAUUAAUAAUUGCAUGUAAGAAUUACUAAUUGUUUGUACGAAACUGGAGAGGGGGAGCCGGUUGUAUUAUAGAAAAAGAAAGGACCUUUUUUUAGGAUUUCUUUUUCUAUAAUAUAACCGGCUCCCAGGGACUAUAAAAGAGAAGACGGGAAUCAUUUAAUUAAAACUUAAACCUCGUUUCAUUUAAUCGUUACCACAUUAAGACGAAGGUAGGAUCGCAUUUGGCAACGGUAGAACGAUCUUAACAUUCACGUAGCCCUACAUCACAUAAAUUGUUCCUACACGAUAAACAUGUACUAUAUUAACACUAAACCUACAAUGCACGGUCCAAAUGACUUCUUAAAUUCCUCUAUAAAAAGAAGACAAAAUCGUUUUAUUUUUUUUAAAUUAUAGUUACUAUUUAAGCUGAUACAAAACUAAAAAACUAAUGCAUUGAACUGCAUUUAAAUUUCUGUUAGCAGGUUUAGUGUUAAAUGUACAACAGGAUAAACGAACAGAAAAACUGAUAUAUUGAGUUUCAUUCAAUUUAGAAAAGUCCUGCUCUUAUUUUCGUCAUUGAUAAUUAAUAAUUACAUGUAAAAAUUAAUAAUUAUUUGUAAGAAACUAGAGAGAAGGAGCCAGUUGUAUUAUAGAAAAAGAAAGGAUCUAAAAUCCUAUUUUUGAGGAUCUUGGGGGUCCUGUCUUUUUGUAUAAUAUAAUCGGCUCCCAAGGACAAUAAAAGAGAAGACGGGAAUCAUUUAAUUAAAGCUUAAA